AUGGCUGCCAAUGGCUCAGACCAGCAUGUCUCCCUCGACCAGCAGUUCUAUGAAGACCUGGUCAAGAUCGUUGUGCCCAUGAUCUUUGCUGGCCACAUCAUCUCGCUCUCCAUUGUUGGGCUGGCUAUCUUUCUAAUCCUCAUACCUAUGUUUAUGAUCUUAAUCCCAUUGUUUAUCAUAAUGAUCCCCGUAUUGUUCCCAGCUUCCUUUAUCUUUUGGAUAUGUAGUUACCUCACCGGAGAGCACCCUAUUGGGGCAGAUCAGUUGGAAGAAGUUCGCAAGAAGAUUGUGAAGGCUGCAGUCGGUUUUACCUACAACUGGAUUUGA